AUGACGGCUACAAGGAACAACUUGUGGCCUGCUGCGAAGAACAUCCCGUCCAGCCUGCGGGUGGUCUUCAGCUGGGCCGAACGCUGCGACGUGGAGCUGGGCCGCGCCUGGCUGGCGCAAGGGGUGAAGAUGGCGGACCUGCUCAUCGCCACGGAAUACUUCCUCACCUUCGCCUCAUGUAACUUGGAACUGGCCAAGGGCAGCGACGGCCGCGUGUCGCACGCCAUGCGGCCGCUGGGCAAAGCGCAGGUCUUCAUCUUAGAUGAGAGUCUGAAGCCUCUGCCCGAUUCCCCUGAAGAGUUCACGGGACUCCUCGGUGUGGCAGGACCACAGGUGACACCGGGCUAUGUGGAACGCUUGGAUGGCCGCGCCUUAAUAGGGGCUGGUCCUUUGAGUGAAGACAUGUUCAAGGUCAUCAACGGCGAGUGGGUGGCUUGA